AUGUGCUCAGUCCCCAGCACUGGGAUGGCCUUCUUUUCAGAAAGUCGCAUCCGCUCCCUGACGAAUAUACUGGGUCAUAGUAAACUGCGAGACCUUAUCGAGGCUCUGGGGCAGACGAUCCACCAACAUGCGCAUGAGUCUGGGAUAAGGUUCCGGAAACCAGAUACGCCCCCCCAAGCUCCACCCCAAGAUACAGCUCGUUACAUUGCGGCAUAUUUCCAAAUGUUAGACCCGCUUUCACCAUUUCUCGACCGAGGUAAGUUUGAACAACAAGCUUUCGGGCCCCAGUUACCAGAGCUGCUCGUGAACAGUGCGGCAUUCAGCGCAUUGUAUCAUACGGUCUUGGCGUUAGGAUGCCAAUACGCCGAGGCGGGUUCCUUCGCCCCUCAUCAAGGAAAGGCGUGGGAAUACUUCCAAGUGGCAUUGGGUCUGUUUCCGGAGAUAUUGGUUCCUCCAGGAAGAUUGGUCAAUGUGCAGGUGCAUGAUGACAAUCUGCAUUCAACGUCUACUAACUUCCAGCAGGCCUUAACAGCUAUGGCACUAUUUGCCUCGAGCUUCUCUUGCAUUCAAAUUGGAGAAACCUUCAUCUCCGAGGCAGCCAGAAUGGUUCAAGUCCUAGGGUAUAACGCAGCCUACAUACGGACAGAGGAUGAAAAGGCAUGCCGUCGAGUGUUUUGGGCUAUCUAUUGGCAAGAGAAAGUGGCGUGCUUCUUCCGAGGGCGAGCUUCAACGAUGCCCGAGUAUGACAUAGGCUGCCCCGUGCCGAAUGCCCCUGAGGCUGUGACUGGUCAGCUGGACUGGCUAUUGACUACAGCGGGUCUGGGUCGGUUGAUGUCACGGAUGUAUGAAUGCCUUUUUUCUGUGAGUGCAGUCCAGAGGCACAAACAGGCACGGAUUGCGGCCAUCAAUUCGGUGUCCAGUGAGUUGGAAGCAUGGGCGUGCUCUCUGCCGCCUGCAUUUCAGCCAAGCCAACCUCUUCGGUCUUCGAAUUUCAACGAAGCCUAUUCGCUCGAGAUGGGACUUCAACUGCGGUUCGUCUAUCACGCUUUGAUGAUGUCUAUCUGUCGGCUUCGAAUCCAUCUUGUCGCCGAUCAAGAACCGGGCGAGUCAGACCAGGAGACUAAGCGCCGACUGAUGGAAACCGCGCGAGACAUUAUUUAUCAUUGCUGUCACAUUAAGCAAGAGGCCUAUGUGCCUGUCUGGGAGCUUGCAAUCGUUCCAAUAUCGGCACUCUUUGUCAUUUUCGACUUUGUGAUCCACAACCCGUUUCACAAGGAAACCAACACCAAUCUCGCAUUCUUAGAUAUCGCCGCCGGAUAUUUCAGCCGUUGGGAGAUUGCUAACAAAGGGUCACUACCGGCAUCGAACCCUGCUGAGUUGUCGCACAUCGCUCGCGAGUUUGUGCAGAAUGUCCGAGCCAAGUCGGAUACUUCACGUCUUCAAAGAUUAGACCAAACUGUACCCGCGACUCCUCAGGCAGCCCAUAAUGUAUCAAUUGUUGUCGAUCCGAGUCAGAUAGAAAAUGAGGCAUCUGUUGCCUUCACAGAUUACCUCCACGCAUCGUCAGCUCACCCAGAUAGUCUCUUCUAUCCUGAUGACCCACUACAGCCGAUAUUAGGAACGUCCAUGUUGCCAGCACCUGACCUGGCUUUCAUGUUUAAUGGUGGGAUAUGGAGUCCGCACUCGCCGGGAUUCUAA